ACCAUACACCACACCGAGCAUAAAUUCUUACGCAAAAUAUUAAAGGAAUAUUAUCAGCAUGUGAGCAAAAAUCCCGACACGCUCCUCUCUCGCUUUUACGGUCUGCAUAGAGUAAAAUUGCCCCGCGGACACAAAAUUCACUUUGUAGUGAUGAAUAAUAUUUUUCCACCGCACCGAGACAUUCAUGAAACAUACGAUUUGAAGGGUUCAACUGUUGGUCGCGAAUAUAAAGAAACUGAAGCGGCAGUCAAGCCACGCGCCGUGCUCAAAGAUCUCAAUUGGAUUAAUCGUGGUCGUCAUUUAGAACUUGGACCCGAAAAAAGAAAGCUCUUUGCUAAACAACUUGAAAAAGACGUCGAGUUGCUUCAACGACUGAAGAUAAUGGACUAUAGUCUUCUCGUUGGUUUGCACGACACUUCCCGCGGGAACAAGGAUAAUAUCCGCGAUGAUUUCUUUGUAUUUCAGCCUGACACAAAGAAAAUCGAGCGCACUCCAUCGAACCAUAAGCGAGAAAGUAAGGCCUCGCAAUUACGUAAAACUGUUGGUCAAGCUGCUCCUGUCAGAUUGGGCUCGUCUACCAAACUUGCGUUGGAUGCUCCCAACGAACGUCGCAAGUGUGCUUUUUACAUGGAUGAUGGUGGCUUUGCCGGUACCGAUGAAAAUAACAAUCCCACCAAUUACAUAUACUAUCUAGGUAUAAUUGACAUAUUGACUCCUUACAAUAGUGUCAAAAAGAUCGAACACGCUUGGAAGUCUGUUAAUCAUGAUAAGAAAAUGAUUUCUGCUGUACAUCCUCGAUGGUACGGUCAGCGCUUCCUGAACUUCAUGUUCAAGUCUAUCAAAUUUAACGAUGAUAUACUAAACACAAAGGUCGAAGGAAAUGAUACGAACAAUGAAGACGUAGAGAAUCCUGUUUUAGAAUCAUAA